AUGUCUUCAUCAGGUGGUCCUAGCGACCGCAAUGGUGGCCCCUCUAAAUCAUUUUCCUUUGCCCCAAAUUCCAAUGGCGCUCCGAAGAAAGCAGGAUUCAGCUUCCAAUCCAACCGCGGCCGUCCCGCCGACUCUCCAGCAAACAAGGGCCGUUCACUUCCCCGCCGACCACACCGACUGGGACACGGCGAUGAUGAUUCAGACGAGGAUGAGCACCCACCUGCUCAUGAAGAAGUAUCGGGCUUCGACACCCUUACUGGCGAUGCGCUUACGGCCGACGGAGAAGCUGUGAAGAAAGAAGGACCUUUGGUGAUUCCAGUUACAAGCAAGAAUAACUGGCGCGAUCGCCCUGGUGGUCCUAAGAAGGGAAAAAAGAACCUCCUCCCCGCUGAGGUUCAGGCCAUGCAGGAAGCCGAACGGACUGGAAAGGCCCCCGCGGGAGGGGAGGUUGAGACCGAAGGUCCUAGUAUGGCAUACGGCCUGAGCUUUGCGCAGGACGAACAGCGAGGGAGUGAGGUUGCUGAUGGCGAUCAGCCCAUGGCAGAUGCGAAGCCUCUUGCUCCUACAUCUGCUGAAGAUAAAAAACCACUUACAGAUGAUCAGAUAGCUUUACAAGCUCUGAUUCGAGAAAGCAAGGGCGAGGUGGAGCGGAGAUCUGAUUUGGUGAUUGAGGCGUCAAAGUCUCGAGACGAAGAGGAGGAGGAAUCUUACACCCAUGGUGAACCGACGAACUCAUUUAAAACGGAUUUAAAGUCUCGUCCUGAAUCAGCAACCCUGGAUCAAUAUAAUGCUAUUCCCGUUGAGGAAUUUGGCGCUGCGUUGCUACGAGGAAUGGGAUGGAAAGAUGGACAAUCGAUUGGACGAGGUAAUUACAGCUCUUCUGCUUCUGCAGAAAAAGCGAACAAAGCUGCAGUUCCAGCACGACGACCCGGGUUUUUGGGAAUCGGAGCUAAAGAUUCCUCCGGUGGGAAAGGUGCUGAAGCUGAGCUUGGAGCUUGGGGCAAAUCGGCCAUGCGCAAGGCGUCCAGGAAGGCUGGUGAGGAAAAUUCCGAGGGUAAAACCGAGGGUGUCUAUAUGCCAGUGAUGAUGCGCAACAAGAAGACUGGUGAAUACUUGACGGAGGAAGAUUUGGCAGACCUGAAGAAGAAGUCAGCUUCCCAGCCAGACAAGGACGACUGGCGUGAGAGGCGCGAUAAGAAUUUGGAAAAGAGCGGACGGGACAGGGACCGUGAAUAUCGCAAGCGUGAUUACGAUGAUGAGGGUCGUUCUGAUCGGAAAAGCGGGUCUUCACGUCGGGAUCGCAGUCGUUCAAGCGGUCGUCAGUCUUCUAGACGCUCGCGGUAUGACGAGGAUGAUGACCGUCGGAGAGAUGAUCGGUCUUCCCGGGAUCGAGAACGCGAUAGAGAUCGCCGACGAGAUCGCGAUGACGAUAAAGAUCAUCGCAGAGAUCGUGACCGAGACCGUCGGCACCGCGAUGAUAAAUACAGCAGCAGUUCACGACAUUCCUCCUCCCAUUCUUCCCGUCAUGAUCGAGACCGAGAUCGGGAUCGUGACUCUCGCCGAAGCCGUCGAGACGAUUGA